UGGUUCAAAAGCUCUGUGUGUGUCCUUGUAAGGGCCCCAACUAGACAAGAAUCAACAAGCUCAACCGAGAGCAGCGUCGGACAUGAGGCAUUUACUGAGUGUUCCCCGGCUAGCCUCACGGGCGUUCAACACAACAGUCCGGCAAAUGAAAAACAAGGUGCCCGACAGACAGAAGGUUUUCCUGGAGGAUAACGGUCUGCCAGUCCACAUUAAAGGAGGUUCCACUGAUGCCCUUCUGUACCGUUUGACCAUGACCAUCACAAUAGCAGGCACUGGCUUUUCCUGUUACUGGUUGCUGGUGGCCUGUAUGCCCAAGAGUAAAGCAUAAUAACUUGGAUACUGCAUGAUGCUGUACAAAUCUCAUCUCAUUUUGAAAAAUUUCAUUUUAAAUAUAUUAAACAAUAAACCACAUAUAUGAAAGAGGAAUACAUUAAAUUCUACAUCUUUAUACAGAAGUGUUUGGUCACUACAGUAUACACUACUGUUCAAAAUUUUUUGAAAGAAAAGUAUUUAUGUACUUAUAAGAAGUACUUAUGCUCACCAACAUUAUCAGUGUCUUUACUGUCACUUUGGAUCAAUUUAAAAGUAUUAACCGCUUUAAAAAUCGUUCCAACUUUUGAAUGGUAGUGUAUCACUGGCAUGAAUCAACAAUACACACUUGGCGCCACCUAGUGGCUAUAGCAAAACACAGCUUAAAAUAAAAGGCUGUUCAGAUGUAUUCAAAAAUUAUGUGUGAUCUAACUGCAUAAUACAAUUUAAAAACUGCUCACUGUUUAUCGAAUUGGGUUUGUGCCACAAGAAGAGGUCAGCAAUUUUUAAAAACUUUGGUCCAAAAAGAUACCAAACAAUACUUUGAAUGCUGUGCAAAGUUAAUUUUUAAUAUCAUUCUUAAAAGUCAGUUAAAUUUCAUACAAAGAUGAAAAAGCCCUUUUUUUAGUGGUUUUGGUACAGCAUGCAUAAGUGCAGUAAGCUGAGGUUCUCUUUUGUACGUAAAAUUGCAAGAAGCAUAGCUGCAUUGAAAGAAUAACACAUUUUUUAAGAUUUGAAUUCAGAAAAAAAAUCCAGUUUUUAUCAGGAAUUAAGAUAAAUUUACAGAAUUAAAAAAAUUUAUGGAAAGCAUCACGCAACCAAGAUGCUAAAAAACUACCGAGAUGAAAGCGUAAACAUCUAAUAAACCUUUAGAUUUGGGAAAUCUUACCUUGAGAUUGUCACACUUCACAGAGAGAGAGAAAAAAUAAUUGUUUUUUCCCACAUAGGGUGACAUAAGAUAAUUCAACACUGUGCAUUCUGAACACUAUUAUGAACUAUUUUUUUCUAGUUAUAAUUAUAUACUAAAUUAACCAAUCAAUUCAAUCAAAUUAAUUCAUCAAGACACAGAAUGCAAAAAUCUAUAGGGGUCGGUAAGAUUUUUAAAUGUUUUAAAAAAACACCAAGGAUGCAUUUU